AAAUCAUAAGAAAGAAAAUGUGAGUUUUCCAUUGUUUGGCAAGAGAGGAAAACUAGGGAGUGUAGAAAACCCAGGAGAAAAUUUUCUCUCCUGGGCCCGCAAAUUUUGUCCCCAGCACUUUUACCAUAUUGCCCUCUCCCACCUUCCCUCAUUCCGUUAUUCUCACUCUCACGCCUCUCUAAUCUCUGUCUCACUCUCACUCUCACUCAACUCUCAAUCUCACGGUGAGGCCUCUGUUCUGCCUCUGAAUCUCUCAAUUUUUUUUUCCAUUCUCACUGCCUCUGUUCUGCUUCUCAUCCUCACGCUCACGGUCACGAUCUGCUAGACUGCUUCUGGGUUUUUUUUUUUUUCCCCUCUGUCUCGGUCUCGCCCUCUCUGCUUCAGUGGCUUCGUCAAUCAUCAGCCUUAGAGAAGAGCAGAGCAGAACAGCCAAGUCGAAACGCCUCUCACUCCCUCAGAGUCAACCUCCCUUCGCCUGAUGAAAUAGGGCUUGGAAUCCCGCCGUUAAACUCCUUUUUAAACCGAAGCGUGACUUUUUUAAGUGUUUCUUGUUGAAGAUUCCUUGAGGAACCACAUGUUGUAUUUAAUAAACUAAGUUGGCUUGCCCUAUAUUUGAGAAGGGUCGUGGGAUUUCACGGUUUAGGGAUUUUGGGCAAAGCCAUUCUGAGUAAAGCCCUGUUUAUUUUAUUGUAUGGCAUACUCUGAUAUCCUGAAUUUGUUGUUGGCGUUUGGCGUUUGGUGUACCGCUUAUCUUGCUGUUGCAGUUCUCGCAUCUUUUCGCUUCUUCAACUCCCUCUGCCCAAAUUUGACCUAAACACACACACACACACUCACAAACACCCGCUAUCAUGGGCUAUGCACAGCUUGUUAUUGGCCCUGCUGGCAGUGGCAAGUCAACUUAUUGUUCUAGUUUAUACCGACAUUGUGAAACUAUGCAACGGUCGAUACAUAUUGUGAACUUGGAUCCUGCUGCAGAGAAUUUCGACUAUCCUGUUGCUAUGGAUAUAAGGGAACUAAUUAACUUGGAUGAUGUCAUGGAGGAACUUGGAUUGGGUCCCAAUGGGGGCCUUAUGUACUGCAUGGAACACCUCGAAGAUAAUCUCGACGAUUGGUUGACAGAAGAAUUGGACAAUUUUUUAGAUGAUGACUACUUGGUUUUUGACUGCCCAGGCCAGAUAGAACUCUUUUCACAUGUACCAGUGCUGCGGAAUUUUGUGGAACAUUUGAAGCGUAAAAAUUUUAAUGUUUGUGGUGUAUACUUACUUGAUUCACAGUUCAUGACAGAUGUGACCAAGUUCAUCAGUGGUUGCAUGGCAUCACUUUCUGCAAUGAUCCAACUUGAAUUGCCCCAUGUUAAUAUCCUGUCCAAAAUGGACCUCGUGACUAACAAAAAGGAUGUUGAAGAUUUUCUGAAUCCAGAGCCUCAGUUUUUGUUAUCAGAGUUGAAUCAACGCAUGGCUCCUCAAUUUGCUAAGCUGAAUAAAGCUUUGAUUGAACUAGUGGAUGGGUUUAGCAUGGUGAGUUUUGUGCCCCUUGACUUGAGGAAGGAGCGCAGUAUACAAUAUGUAUUAGCUCAAAUCGACAACUGCAUUCAGUAUGGUGAAGAUGCUGAAGUGAAGAUUAAGGAUUUUGAUCCUGAGGAUGAUGACUAGAUUUAUCAUAUCCGUUGACCGCAUGAAAAAUAUGUUGCUGGUGUCGAUAUGUAGGAUCAACUAGGCAUCACCUAAUUGUGUCUUGUGGAAAUGGCAUUUGAGAUAGGUUGAAACAAACGGUUUGCUUUUUACCGGGUGCAAACAAGUAAUGCAUUUUGAUAGUUAACAAUGAAAUCAUGCAUUACGGAGCUAAAAUGACCUAGGUUGAAACAAACGGUUUUCUUUUUACCAGGUGCCAAAAAUGACUGCAAUGCUUAAUGUAGAGGAACAAACGGUUUGUUUUUAAACCUGUUCGAUUUUUCUAUCUAAUGGAAACCUCGUGCAUUUUGCUCA